CCUCCUCCAUCUUCUAUAGGCGCACAGUCUUCUGCCUCACAUCUACUCCCCUAUCAUUCCUCUCUCCCCGUGACUGACCAGUUCCUUCCGCCACUCACUCUCACUCCUCUCCGCGCACACUAUCUCAAGAAAACCCUGGUCAAUCUGCAAAUAAAUCAUGAGCUGGAUCUUCUCACGGAUCCCGUGCUGGGUGCUAAUGCUUUGGGACUACUGGGAGAUCCAUUCGUCUUACCCGAAGCUGUCAAACAGAUGGCCAAGGCGAGAUUACCUAGUGCAGCGGAUUCUGAUAGUGUGGGAGAUUUACCUCUCAUGCGAUUCCUCUUUCAUCAAUUCCUCCUUCCCUUUCCGUUCCUUGCCACUGCUCCUCCCACAUUUUGGUCGGCAAAAGUACAACCGUUUCUAUCCUCAUUCCUGGCUUCCACGGCGGCCGAGAGUAUGAUGACCAAAGAGGAAAAGAAGGAGGAAGCGGACAAGGUGAAACUAUGGGCAAAAGUGGAGAAACAUCUCGCUUUAAUGAUUGGAGUUGGUAUCAAACUUGUUGGAGGAGAAGAGGUGGUGAGGAUCGGUCAAGCGGAAUUGAGAAGAUUAGAAGCUCAACAACAAGCCAGGAGAAGGAGAUGGAUAGAAAGACAACUGGAUGUUGGUUUUGAUGUCAAUGUGAUUGGCGUAAGAAUGGUCACGGAGAAGGGUAGAGUACGAAAUCGUCAUCACGAAGAAUUCCUUAUACGCACGCGCCGAAAUGGUUUUCAAGAUGUGUUUGUCUCGAGAAGAUAUGGUGACUUCAAACGUCUAGCCGACGAGCUCCGCAUAGCUUUUCCAGAUUAUCAACUACCUCCUCCACCGCCGAAAGAUAAGACAGUCACUGUCACUUCUCCCACUGCCAGCCCAUCGUAUAACCCACUUCGAUCCUGGUACACUUCUUCACCUAAUCCUGCCAAUCCUCCCUCUGGUCGUGCAUCUCCUACUAUCGCCGAUACAGCUUCGGUCAAUUCAACUGCCUCGCCCACUCCUCUAUCCAGGGAGAAGAAUCGGUUAACUCUUCGAGCAUAUCUGCAAGGUAUCAUCAGUCUUCCGCUGAUCAUCGACUCGCCUAUUCUGCGAUCCUUCCUUCUGUCAGGUCCUACCACCCUCACUCCGAGUGAAGCUCUCGAUUCUCAAAGGAGAUUGGAGGCAGAUGCAGUGCGCGAAGAGGGACGGAGAAGAUUCCGUUUGGAGGCAGAGAAACGUAUCGAAGCCCUGAGAGAAGGUUUGGCGCUGUUUAAAGGCGACGUUUUAGCAAAAGAGGGAGGUUUGAAAAAAGUUUUCGAUAUUGUCAGAAGGGUGGAAAAGGUGGAAGAUCUGCCCAAAGCUGAGGCAAGCGUGUUAGAAUGGGGUCGGAUCUCUCUGGCAGCUACCAUAUUCAACAUCUUUGUGGCAUCUGAUACUGCAUCAGACACACUGGCGUCGUUGAAAAGGCUACAUGGACUGAUGCCUUAUUUUGUCCUAAAGGGUAUCUUGAGAAUAUCAAAUCCCAUGGCUAUGAUUCGAGGCAUCCUCGAUCUCUUUCUUGCUCGGCCAUUUGGUGGUCAAUCGCUACUUCAAAAAAUGUUCUCACAAUCGCUCACAGAGGACAUUCGUCUGAUAGCUGAAGACAUUCAAACCGUAAUGGACAAGGUCGACGACCCUGUUUUGUGUCAAAAGAUACAGCAGUACACUGAUGCACCUUACGACAUUCAGGAGCUCUUCCGAAAAGAUGCCGCCAUGGAAGGUGUCGAUUUGCUCGUUGUCAUCCUUCGCUCACCUGAUAUGCCCACGUUAUCCAGACCACAACUUCAAAGAGCAUAUCGAGCGUCUAGGGCUUGGAAGUCGUACAAGCUGGCUCAGGCGGAAUUGGAUGAUUCAGACGAUGAUUUGGGACCGGAAGAUGAGGACGCAUGGUUGUUCGAGGAUCUGAUGACACUGUUGAGAUUAUGUAUGCGUAAGAGGGAGAAAGAGCAAUUGUUGGCGUUGAUAUUCGAGGGAACCACUGCGGAACUGCUCAAAGACAUCAUUACUAUCUUCUACACACCCCUGGCACAAGUUUAUAAAGCGGCCUCCAUCGCUGAUUCUCUGAGCGAUCUUCAGAGUUUCUUGAAUGAUAUGAUCCGUACCGUCGAACAAGUGGAAGAAUUAUCUCAAGAAGACCCUCAACGAACGGUUCAAACCUUUAUCGACCUCGUACAACGACACGAACAAUCAUUCUACACCUUUGUACACAAUGUGCAUUCAAAAGGACAAGGCUUGUUCGAUUCCUUAAUGUCAUGGAUCGAGCUGUUCCUCAAUUACGCUCGCGAUGGUCUUCCUCAACCGAUCGAUUUGGAAAUCAUCUUACCUCAUGGGGGGGAUACACGAAGGGUAAUUAUGGAUGAAGUUGACGCCGUCGCUCAGUAUCAUUACAAACUUAAAAUUGCUCAUGAAGAAAAAGUUCGAAGACGAUUCCAACGAAGUGAAGGUCAAACGGAUGAAGAAGCAGCUUUGAUUGAUAGUGUCAUGGUCAGCCUCAAUAUCAGUGAGACAGCAGUAGGAGAUGCAGGGGAGAUAGCGGAUGAAGAAGAAAGUGAUGAUAGUGAUUUAGAUCAAGGGGAUGAUACUCAAAGUGAAACAAGUUCUUUAUCUCAUAAAUUUGAACAAGUUAAACUUUCAAAUCCUCCUCCUCCGAUCAACCAAAUUCAUAUCAGAAGGAAGAUUACGCAGGAAGGAAAGGAAUUACCUCCUACUCCUUCAACGGCAAGAGGGCAUGGUCAUGGUCAUAGUCCUGUACAACCCACUGGACAAACGCAACGGAAGAAGGGGAGAAAAAGGAGGACUCCAGUUGAGACUUUGCAACCUCCUGAGACCAAAGCGGUGGAAGAAUUGCGACCUUUAUUUGUGGAAGUGGUACGU